AGCUGACAUCGUUUUUCCUUUUGAUUUGCGAGGAUCAAAUAGAGCUCUUACUACAAAAUUUACUUACUAUCGAGCAUACCUUCUUUCUCCGGCCAUCGACCCGCAACAACCUUCAUAUUCAACAAGAUAUAGAAACAGCGCAAUGGCACCAACAUCCUCCAAAGGCCCCUCCAAGGGUACUUCAAAGAACUCCUCCAAAUCAUCUUCAUCCUCAGCCUUCAAAGUCAACAAAUCUAAAUCCAAAUCCAAAUCUAAGCGCCCAUCCCCGAAAGAAGUAAAAUCCCAAUCCCGCAGCGCACCCAAUCGACAAAAGAAAACCAAGGCGAGAGAAUACACAGAAAAGGAAUUGGGAUUACCAGCCUUAAAUAUGAUUACACCUGUUGGUGUGCAGACACCUAAGGGGAAGAAGAAGGGGAAGACUUUUGUUGAUGAUCAGGAGAGUAUGAUGACUAUUCUAGCAAUCGUCAAUGCAGAAAAGGAAGGACAAAUCGAAUCCAAAAUGAUCAAGGCACGACAAAUGGAAGAAAUCCGGGAGGCGAAGAGGAAGGAAGCUGAAGCUAGGGCUGAGAAGAGGAAGUCGAAAUUGGAAAAUAUCAAAGAUGAACUACGAAACAAGAAAAAGAAGAGAUCGAACGAUGGUCCUACCGAAGAUAAAAAAUCGACUUCUAAGCCUAGAGAGAAGCGGAAGAGUGUUUCAUUUGUUUGA